UUUUCCCACAAGCCACAGCGGCCACGGACCUUCAGGCUCGAACUACAUUUCCCAGAGGGCAGCGGUCACAGCGGAUCUUUGGGUUCCCUUCCAUUUUCGCGCUGUUCUCGCGCUGCGCACGCUCUGGAUUUUCUGGAAUUUGAAUAUUUUUCAAUGGAGGAACACCAAGGAGCACUGAUCAGGUCUGACAUUUCUAAAACCAUGACCUGUUUUCAGGAAUUAGUGACAUUCAGGGAUGUGGCCAUAGACUUCUCUCGGCAGGAGUGGGAGUGCCUGGACCCUAUUCAGAGGGACUUGUACAGGGAUGUGAUGUUGGAGAACUAUAGAAACUUGGUCUCAUUGGCAGGACAUUCUGUUUCUAAGCCUGAUGUGGUUGACUUAUUGGAGCAAGGAAAAGAGCCCUGGAUAAUUUUGAGGGAAGAAACACAAAGACAGUACACAGAUUUGGAUUUACACCGUGAGGUAAUCAGCUAUGUAGAAAUGCCCACUUACGAAAAAGAUAUAUCUUCUACACAACAUCAGAGCACAUAUAACAAGAAAUUCUACAAAAGUAAGAAAUGUCAGAAGAAAUUUAGUAGUGGCUCUCAAUUUAUUCUACAUCACAGGUUUCAUAGUGGCAGAAGACCCUAUGAAUGCAAGGACUGUGGGAGGAACUUUCGUAGUGACUAUCAACUUACCCUACAUCAGAGAUUUCAUACUGAUGAGAAACCUUAUGAAUGUACAGAAUGCAGGAAGAACUUUAAAAGCGGUUAUCAACUUACUGUACAUCAGAGAUUUCAUACUGGCGAGAAAACCUAUGAAUGUAAGGACUGUGGGAAGGCCUUUAUUUAUGCCUCACACAUUGUUCAACAUGAGAGAAUCCACACUGGAGGGAGGCCUUAUGAAUGUUGGGAAUGUGGGAAGGCCUUUAGUCAAGGUGGACACCUUAAAAUUCAUCAAAGAAUUCAUACUGGUGAGAAACCCUAUAAAUGUCAAGAAUGUGGGAAGGCUUUUAGUAGGCGCUCAAACCUCAUUGAACAUGGGCAGAUCCAUAUUGAUGGGAAACUUUACGUAUGUGAGAAAUGUGGGAAGGCCUUUAAAAGAGGUCAUCAACUUACCGUACAUCAGAGUGUUCAUACUGGUAAAAAACCAUAUGAUUGUAAAGAAUGUGGAAAGGGCUAUACCACUGCUUCAUACCUUAUUCUACAUCAGAGAAUUCAUAAAGGUGGGAAACCAUAUGAAUGUAAGGAAUGUAAGAAAACCUUUACCUUGUAUAGAAAUCUUACUCGACAUCAGCAUAUUCACACUGGUGAGAAACUUUUUGAAUGUAAGCAGUGUGGGAAGGCCUAUACUACUGGCUCAAAGCUUUUUCAACAUCAGAAAACUCACACUGGUGAGAAGCCCUUUGAAUGUAAGGAAUGUGGAAAGGCCUUUAGCUUAUAUGGAUACCUUCAUCAACAUCAGAAGAUUCAUACUGGUAUGAAACAUUUUGAAUGUAAGCAGUGUAAAAAAACCUUUACUUUGUAUAGAAAUCUUAUUCGACAUCAGAGUAUUCAUACUGGUAAGAAACUUUUUGAAUGUAAGGAAUGCAGGAAGGCCUAUACUACUGCCUCAAACCUUGUGCAACAUCAGAAAACUCAUACCGGUGAGAAACCCUAUGAAUGCAAAGAGUGUGGAAAGACCUUUAGCUUGCAUGGAUAUCUUAAUCAACAUCAGAAAAUCCAUACUGGUGUGAAACCCUAUGAGUGUAUGAUAUGUAGGAAAACCUUUACUUUCUACAGAAACCUUACCCUACACCAGAGUAUUCAUGCUGAUGAGAAACCUUUUAAAUGUAAGGAAUGUGGGAAGACCUUUAGACGUAGUUCACACCUUACCGCACAUCAGAGUGUUCACGCUGAUAAGAAACCCUUUGAAUGUAAGAAAUGUGGGAAGUCCUUUAAAACAUAUGGAUACCUUACACAACAUCAGAAAAUUCAUACUGGUGGGAAACCCCACAGCUGUAAGGAAUGUGGGAAGGCCUUUAGUCGUGCUUCAAACCUUGUUCAACAUGAGAGAAUUCAUACUGGUGAAAAGCCCUACGUGUGUAAGAAGUGUGGGAAAGCCUUCAGGUAUAGUUCAGCCCUUAAAGCACAUCAGGGAAUACAUACAGAUCUGAAGCUCUAAG